UUCUACCUAGAAAACAGACAGGAUGUUGAGGAGGAAUUAUCUUCAAAUUAUUUUUCUCUUCUACAUCUCACUGACAUUUGGAAAUGGACUUGAAUAUCUGAAGUAUUUUAUGAAAGUACCAAACUGUGCUCCGAAAGACGGUAAAACAUUGAUGACACUUGACGUGGAUGCCUUUCACUGUUCGAAGAGUUGUUUUGAAACUUCUGCAUGUAAAUCCUUCAUGAGCAGAACGGUAAGUCCAAGCUGUAUGUUAUACGAAGAAGACUCAACAGAGAGGAUGCUAAUAAAAGAAUAUAAUACCCAUUUUUAUCAGUUGAGAAGAUCUGAGCCCACCAAAUAUAGAGACGGUAAACAAUUUGAAUAUUUUUGUGUUUAUUUCAUUCCUUGA